AUGGUCACGGGAAUAAACAGUCCGCAAACUGUGGUCAUCGGCAGGAUACCGCUUACACGUGGGAGAUUCAUUGUCUCACUUUCUCUCUUUCUCACUGUAGUCAUUGUCUCACUUUCUCUCUUUCUCACUGUAGUCAUUGUCUCACUUUCUCUCUUUCUCACCGUAGUCAUUGUCUCACUUUUCUUCUUUCUCAAUAAGUUUAAUUUGUCUCAACAUUUCUCUCUUUUCAAUUUAAUUCUCUACUCAUUUUCUCAUCUCUCUCUCUGUUCAUUCUCUUACCUUGUCUCUAUCAUUCUCUUUAUUCAUUCUCUCACCUUCUCUCUCUCUGUAUUGCUUCUUGAACCUUUCCUCACUCUGUAUUCAUUCUCUCACCUCUUCUCUCUCUCUUUGUAUUCAUUGUCUCACUUUCUCUCUCUCUCUCUCUAUUCAUUGUCUCACUUUCCCUCUCUCUCUCAGUAUUCAUUGUCUCACUUUCCCUCUCUCUCUCAGUAUUCAUUGUCUCACUUUCUCUUUCUCUCUGUAUUCAUUGUCUCACUCUUUCUCUCUCUGUAUUCAUUGUCUCACUCUUUCUCUCUCUGUAUUCAUUGUCUCACUUUCUCUCUCUCUCUGUAUUCAUUGUCUCACUUUCUCUCUCUCUCUGUAUUCAUUGUCUCACUUUCUCUCUCUCUCUGUAUUCAUUGUCUCACUUUCUCUCUCUCUCUCUGUAUUCAUUGUCUCACUUUCUCUCUCUCUCUCUGUAUUCAUUGUCUCACUUUCUCUCUCUCUCUGUAUUCAUUGUCUCACUUUCUCUCUCUCUGUAUUCAUUGUCUCUCUUUUCUAUCUCUAUUUCAUUCUCUCACUUUCUCUCUCUCUCUCUGUAUUCAUUGUCUCUCUAUUUUCUCUCUCUGUAUUCAUUGUCUCACUUUCUCUCUCUCUGUAUUCAUUGUCACACUUUCUCUCUCGUUGUAUUCAUACUUUCACACUUUCUCUCUCUGUAUUCUUUAUUUCACUCUUUCUCAUUCGUUUUCUCUAUUUCUUUCAUUGGAUGGAAAUUUCUCUCAUCCCUUUCUCUCUCUAGGUGCUCAUCCCUUUUCUCUCUCUCAUCCCCUUUCUCUCUCCCUCAUCCCCUUUCUCUCUCCCUCAUCCCCUUUCUCUCUCUCUCCUCUUCUUUAUCACUUCUCUCUCUCUCUCUCUUCAGACUCUCUCUCUCUCUGA